UCUCCUUCCGCGUUCCUGCCAGAUUCGACCGAGACGCGGACCUGGAGGGACAGACACAACUGGGGAACAGAUUGACCCCUGACCUCCGACCCUGACCAGCUGUUUUCCAGCAGGUCGGUCAUGACGGUUCUGAUAUGAAAGCCGAAGCGGGUCCAUUUCCAGCUGCCGAGCCGUGGAGCAGAACCGCCGCCACGCAGCCGGACGAGGGGACGAUGGCCUCUGACCCCCAGCUGGACUUCUUCCACAAGCUGGGUUUCUCCACGGCUCAGGUCCGGGCGGUCCAGAGGAAGUUCGGCGCCGACACCGACAAGGUUCUGGGACAGCUGGUCCUGGUCGGAGCCGGCCCGCGGACCGCCGUGUCGGGCCUGGUGCCGCGAGGCGACCCCGAGGCCCCGGGGCCCGAGCUGCUGAUCCCCGUCCCCGACCCGCCCACCCGGAACCAGAACCGGGACCAGAACCGGGACCAGGAGGACGGAGACGCCCUGAGGGCCGUGGUGAUCGACGGCAGCAAUGUCGCCAUGAGCCAUGGUAACAAGGAGGUUUUCUCCUGCCUGGGGAUCCAAUUGGCCGUCAACUUCUUCCUGGACCGCGGCCACAGUGACGUCACCGUGUUCGUCCCGUCCUGGAGGAAGGAGCAGCCCAGACCGGACGUCCCCAUCACAGAUCAGCACAUCCUGCGGGAGCUGGAGAGGAAGAAGAUCCUGGUGUUCACGCCGUCCCGCCGCGUCGCAGGGAAACGCGUCGUCUGUAACGACGACUGCUUCAUCGUGAAGCACGCCUUCGAGUCGGACGGCGUCAUCGUGUCCAACGACCUUUACCGCGACCUGCAGGGCGACAAGCCCGAGUGGCGCCGCUUCAUCGAGCAGCGGCUGCUCAUGUACUCCUUCGUCAACGACAGGUUCAUGCCGCCGGACGACCCGCUGGGCCGACACGGACCCGACCUGGAGAACUUCCUCCGGAAGUUCCCAAAGGCGCAGAAGAAGCCGGCGUGUCCCUACGGGAAGAAAUGUACGUACGGGACCAAAUGUAAGUUCCUCCACCCAGAGCGGUCCAAACAGAACCCUGGCCCGGUUCCGGACCCGAACCCGUCUCUGGUGGACGACCUGGCCCGGAAGCUGACUCUGGCCCACGGCAGCGGUUCUGGAAGGAAACCGGAACCGGUUCGGUCCGGACACCGCUCCGGCAGGAAGUCCCAGUCCACAAAGGAGAGAGCGGGCCAGCAUCCGGGUCGCGGACCCGUCCGGAACCAGGGCUCCCAGGACCAGCUGGACUCCGGCCUGGGAUCCAUAGACAGUCAGAACCCGUGGAGUCUCCCCGACCCGAAGUACGCCGCGCCGUACGGAUCCGGGUCGGUUCGGUUCUGCAGCUGCUGCUCUCACGGCACGUUCCAGAUGGUUCCGGCCGACCCGGCCCGCUACAACCCGACCUGGUACACCAGCUGUGGCCCGGUUCCGCUCAGCAGGCUGGCUCGCAGCGAGCCUCCGGACUUCCAGCACCACAGAGUCCAAACCCACCAGCAACGGUACUGGUCCGACCCGUUCGGACGGAUCCCUGAGGCUCACGGCCCGGCAGGGGACCAGGACUCAUGGGAGACUGGUCCGGGUCCAGAACCGGGUCCAGAACCGGGCCCAGAACCGGAGCAGAGAGAGGUGGUCCGAAAGAAGCUCCUGGCCAUCUUCAGCGCCCAGCUGGUGGACACAGCCAUGGACCGGUUCCCCCAGGUUCUGGACCCGCAGGUUCUGGUGGCAGAGAUCCUGGCCCUCCAGAGUCAGAACCGGUCCCUGAGGUGAGUCCAGUCGGGUCGGACCGACCCUCAGACCAGCAUCAGUUGUGUUUUGGUAUCGUGGUAUCCACCUGGGAAUAAUCCCAGCGCUCUGGAUCCAGACCGGGUCGGGUCAGAUCGGACCGGGUCGGGUCAGAUCAUCUGAUACAAAUUGUAUCUUUAUUUAAUUAAUGUAACUAACAGGCCUGAGCUUGGCCCGUUUAGAGAUUUACCGGGUCAGAACCUCCAGAACUCUUUCCUCCAUGAUGUUCUCAUUCAGACAGAAUCACCUCGACCUUUGACCCAAGUCAUAAUAAUCAUUUAUAUCAAAUAAAUUCAUGUGAAAAUUAAUGUAAUGUUGUUUAGGCCGACUGGUCCGGUCCAGAUGAGCAGAACCAUGAGGUUCUGACCAAACGGGCCUCUAAACCGACCUGUGAUAGAAUCUCAUUUUCAUGUCAGGAAAUAAGGAAGUAUUGUUAAAUCAGGCCAGAGGGGGCAGCAGUGAGCUGCAACGCGCUGCGGUGGAAAUCAUGGCAACAGUUUGUAAAUCUGUCUGGAAGGUGCUGGAAGGUUCUGGAAGGUACUGGAAGGUUCUGGAAGGUUCUGGAAGGUUCUGGAAGGUACUGGAAGGUUCUAGAACGGUUUGGGUUGAAGAGGAAAGUUUCUUGACCUCUGGAACCGUUUUAAUCCGAUUGCACUCAGAUGCAAACAUGUGUCUCCUGUUUUGUUGGGUUAGUCGAAGUGUCUCUGCCAAAUAAAGUCCAAUAAAAUAAUCUGAACCGGUUUGGACCAGACAGGUCAGCUGGUUAGCUUGAGCUAAUCCUGCAUGGGAACUGAUUCUCUGGGAAUUAUUUUUAAUUUUACUCUUUUUAUUUUCUUAUCUUUAUUUUAUUUGUGUAAAACUAUUCAUUGUUCUGUUUUAUUUUUUAAUCAUUUGUUUGUUCACAUGGAUGUAAAACUAAGUGGCUUAUUAUAAAAACAGCAUCUUAAUAAAGUCCAUAUUUUACAUGACUGUUGACAGAACCUGUACAUUUGUGUAAAGCUUUAAAAUCUCUGAAAUAAAGUCUUUCAUUUUUCCAUUUUAA